AUGGCAUAUAGGUUGAUCUCAAACCGAAUCGUGCCAUCUUCAAAUAGGUUGAGCAAACGAUUUAUUUUUAUAUUCACCAUUUCAUUGUCCUUCACAUAUUUAUGCUACAGCAUACUGUUUUGUUGUGGUACAAUCAUGCCAACCCAGAGUUAUGAGGAAAAAAGGUGCCUCCAUCACAAGAACGUAGGAAGCAAAAAACUUCUGCAAAAAGAUUGCACCGCGGACAGGAGGACUGCUCUGGAUGAGACUUUAAACGUGGCACUCACUCACCAAGGAUCAAGUCAUGCUCGCAACCAAAGUAGAAAUUCUGCCUUGCCCAUCACUCACAAACGGAGUAUUGCCCAAUCCGAAUAUAAUAUUACUGUUGCACAGAAAUAUGGAAACAAAAAGUUACCUAACGCACUAAUCGUCGGGGUGAAGAAGGGCGGCACCAGGGCCGUGCUGGAGUUCAUUCGAAUUCAUCCAGAUGUGCGCGCGCUUGGAACAGAGCCCCACUUUUUCGAUAGAAACUAUGACAGAGGAUUGGACUGGUACAGAGGACUAAUGCCACGGACUCUAGACAGCCAAAUCACCUUGGAGAAAACCCCCAGCUACUUUGUGACACGAGAGGCUCCCAGACGCAUCGCCAGUAUGUCCCCCAACACCAAGCUGAUUGUGGUGGUGCGUAACCCAGUCACCAGGGCCAUCUCAGACUACACACAGACCCUGUCCAAGAAGCCGGACAUCCCCACCUUCGAGGAGCUGGCCUUCCAGAACCGGAGCCAGGGUCUGGUAGACACCUCAUGGAACGCUAUCCGCAUAGGGAUGUACAUCCUCCACCUAGAGAACUGGCUGCAGUACUUUCGCCUCUCCCAGAUCCACUUUGUGAGCGGCGAGCGGCUGAUCACGGACCCGGCGGGGGAGCUGGGCCGAGUCCAGGACUUCUUGGGUCUCAAACGCAUCAUCACAGACAAGCAUUUCUACUUUAACCGAACCAAAGGCUUCCCUUGCCUGAAGAAGCCGGAGAGCAGCAGCCAGCCCCGCUGCCUAGGCAAGUCAAAGGGUAGAACUCAUGUGCAGAUAGACCGAGAGGUCAUUGAGCAGCUCCGGGACUUUUAUAGGCCUUUUAAUAUCAAAUUCUAUGAGAUGGUGGGACAAGACUUUAGGUGGGAUUGA